ACCGAGAGGAUAUAACACACCUCUGCUAUAAAUUGGCAAGCAUACAUAUUUUCUCAUCCCUCACUGGACGUCAUUGUUGCUAGCCAUGAUGAGAACUGCGGUGUUGUUGAUUGUCGGAUUUGCCACGGCGCAGGCAUUCUUCUUCGGAGGAGGAUCCUCCUGUGGAUGCUCUGCUCCACCAGCUUGCCCACCACCACCUCCACCAUCUCCAUGUGGAGGCGGUGGCUAUGCUAGAGCCUACUCUGCUCCAACAUUCACCGCUGGAGGAGCUGGAUACCAACAACAACCACAAUAUCAACCACAGCAAUCAUCCUUCGGAUCUUCCUACGCCGCUCCAGCACCUUUCGCCGCUCAGCCAGCUCAAUUUGCUGUUCAAUCAGCUCCACCACAGCCAAUCGUCGCUCCACCACCACAAGCAUAUGCUGCUCCACACAAGAGACAUGUGGAUGUUAUGGAUAUUGACACUGGAGUUGAUCAGUCUGAAGGAUAUGUUGCUCGUGUGAAGAGAGAGGAGAAUGUUUUUGAUCCCAAAUGUAAUUCUGAAGAUCUCAAGGCUAUUAUUGUGGCUAACAUCCACGAAAGCACUGCCGUCGCCAAACGUCAAAUCCAGACCGCCGCCGCUGAUGCUAUCGGUGGACGCGUUGACGUCAUCUGCUCAAAAGGAACAUUCUCGUACAUCGUGAACACUGAACUCUAUUGUGAGACUGAGAAGGACGGAACCACGUGCUUCGCUUUCAAACAAUCUUCUUAAGAAGACUGGUGUACUUUUGAACUAAUAAUUUCUUAUUCAAAUACCUUUAACGAAGAUGUGCAAUUUUUCGAUCAUUUGUGUUACCUUGACUUGAAAGCCUGAUUGACAUUAAUAAAUCUCAACCUAUUAAU